AUGUACGUUCUAACUAUUCUCGGACUUCGUAGGCUCCUGAUAUUAAUUUUAGUAACUGUCUUCAUUAUUUACUAUCUUCAUGCUGCCCAAAAUCAACCUGCUCACAAGACCAAAAAUUCAAACUUGGUUUUGAGGUCGUUCUUGAGCCAUGAAGAGGAAGGGUGUUUGGGAGGAGGGAAAAGUGUGUACCUUGUAAGUUAUAAAAACUGCUACAAAACUAUAGAGGAGGCAAUAAAAGUACUUUCGAAGCAUAAUUCAGAUGAGAAGAAUUUAAUAAAAUUAUUAAAAAGUAAGUAUGAAAUCUUCAAAACAAUAAAGUUAGACAGAGAUGUCGUCUUCUUAGGAUUGGAAGGUUCAAGAACUACUAUUAUAGCAAAUUUUAAGGCAGAGGAGGAAAUAUUAAGCAAGUCAUCUAUAGGAGACACCAUAUUUUACGCUCCUCUUAACCGUCAAAAAAUUGUUUUUAAAAAUCUUAUUUUUACUUCGAAAAGGAAAGCAGGAGUCGGUAUUUUGAGGACUGAUGGUAAUUACGUAAACGAGUACAAUAUUACAGAUCCUUGCAAGGGAAGCGACGAAGAUUGUGCUAUAAACGCUUUAGAAUUAUAUAACAUAGAAGUUUAUAGCAUUUCGUCUAACAGAAUAGGAUCUGCUUUUUUUGUAUAUCGUAGUAGAAAAGUUUACUUUGGCGCUAAAUGUUUUUUUCACCAAAACUCAUUUAUCGGAUAUGAUGACUCAUUACCUUCUCCCAAAAAUAGAGAGACUUACGGAAAGGCUGGAGGAGCUGUUCUUUCUAUUAUACGCGUGCUCAGGAGUGAUAGUGUCUAUAUUGACGGUUUAUUUAGACAAAAUUACGCUACUUAUCACUCCUUGAACAAUCCACCUCAUGGAAACGGAGGAGCCAUAUUUAUUUAUCAAACUGAAGGCAAAGUAGUUAUUAAUGGGAAAUUUUUCGAAAACUCGGCUAAUCAAGGAGGAGCCGUUUUUGUUAAUAUUUGUAAGGGUAGUUUACUGUUUGACGGUGUUUAUAAGAAAAACAAAGCUUUUUUUGGGCAUCGCAAGAAAGAGCUUGGGACGGGUGGGUGUCUGCGCGUCCAAAAUCUCAAGGCUGGCUGCCUUUUAAAUUUAAAAGGUCGUUACGAGGAAAAUUUUGCUGAUAAACGAGGAGGUGUUAUAGCUACCAAUGCUCACGAAGAUUUUUCUUACUUUAUCUUGAAUGCAGACAUCCACCGCAAUCGUGCUGCUGCGGGGGCCGUUUGGGGAUCCUGGAGUGAAGGCGGCUCUUUAAAAGGUAUUUUCAUAGUUAACGAAGCAUCACGCAUCUCCGGAAACGUGGCCACUACACGGGGGAGUUUCUGUUCUAUAAGAAGAAAAAAGUUAGGGCUAGACUUCUUUUUGGACAAAAAUUUUCAAGAUUCUAAGGUGGUUGUGAAACUCCCUGAUUUUUCUAACUUGACAAAUUUGUAAUU